UCUCUUCCAAAUUUUUCUCUCAUUCUCAUCAAAGAUCAAUUAUAUCUUCUUCCCAAUAAAUUAAAACCUCUCUUACUCUCAAAUUUCUGAUCAUGUCUCAACCUAAUCGCCCACCAAAUUGGAAGGAAUCCAAAGAUGAGGUUUUGUGCAAGUGUUGGAUUGAAAUUUCGGAGGAUGGUUCUAUUGGCCAUUAUCAAGCUGGGACUGAGUUUUGGAGGCGAGUUGGAGUCCUUUUUAAUGCUAAAGGAUGGGGAAUUCCACGUAGUGAUGGAGCCCUGACUUCUCGAGGGGCAAUCAUCCGCCAACAAUGUGGAUAUUGGAUGCGGCAUUGAGGAGAGCAAGCGCGGUACCAAUGAGUGGAGAAAAUCUAACUAUGAGGUUAGUUGAGUUUUAAUAAUAAUUAUUAUGUGUUUGAUUUUUUUAUUUAAUUACGUAGUUUAUACUCAUAAUUAUUACAUAUGCCUUGAUUGUCUAGGUUAAACGAGCAAAUGAAAUUUUCGUAGCGGACACCGGGAAGAGAUUCAAGCUGAACCAUUGUUGGGACAUACUCCACAAGGCUCCAAAGUUUAUGGAAAUAUGGAAUAGCCCGGUAGCACCCAUUCCACCAAUGACCGACUCUUCAUCAACAAUGCCAUCCGGCGAAAGUGAUAGUCAUGAUGCUCAUGGGUCUCCUGCUGUGUUGACCCGUCCGGAAGGUCGAGAUAAACAAAAGAAGAAUAAAAGAGGAACUCCAUAUUCUUCCAAUGAAGCUUGGGAGAAGAAUAAGGCCAAUUUGGUGGAAAACUCGGACACACACGCAAGGUUGGCGCUUGCUAGAGAGGAACGCGGUGUUGCAAGAGAAGCAAGAGAUAAAGCGAGAGACGUAAGAGAUAAAGCAAGGGAAGCAAGGGAUAAGAACAUACACGAUAUGAAGAUCAUGAAUAUGGAUCUUUCUCAAUUCAGUCCUCGAACUAGAGGUUGGUAUCAGAUGCAAAAGGAUGAGAUUUUGGCGUCGUACGGAGAUGCUAGUGGAGUAUCCACUAAUUAUAGCCCAAAUGAUGACUUUCACUAUGGACCCGACAUGUAAUAUUUUUUAGUGGAUCGCUGAUUUUUUGAGUUUAUUGUUUUAUCUAGUUUUAUUUCUCUUUGAUUGUAUGCUAUUUCGAUUGUAAGUCUUCAAUUAUUAAAAACACAACGACAAAUCUGAAAUACAUCAUUAAAAAGUCGACAAAACAUAGGGAAUACAUUAACGAAACAUGAGAAAUACAAGCUGCCAAAGAAGAACAUAAGUAGUGCAAGGAAACAUAAGGAAUACAUUAACGUUAGGAUU